AACCAGAGCGUGGGAGUUCCUGCCUUCGCCAUGUCGGGGUGGUGCUGCAACGAGCUGAGGAUACCCUGAACCGAGCACAAGUCUCCCAGCCCCCCUCCUGUCGCUCCAUCCAUCCAUCCAUCUAUCUAUCCAUCUAUCCACCCCCACACGGAGUCCAGCACCCACAGCAUCGCUGUUUUCCCGGAGAAACCGCGACGCAUCUUCCCCUGACCUGGACGGAGGAGAGACGCACCAAGUGAUGCGGCUUCUGCAGCCAGCGCAUCCCGCAGCACCGAACACCUUACGCUCGCCCGUUAGGAGUAGGCGCACUUUCCCGGGUAUCUACAACAACCCAUGAAGAUGUCCAAUGCAGACAUGGGUUUAAACCCUACCGACCGCCUCAUUAAAUCGGUGCCGUUUCCGCUGAGCCACAGGUUAAGCAUGCGAGAGGUUUUCGACUGUGAGGGGAAACCUCGAGUGGACCUGCUGAAGGCUCACCUCACUAAAGAGGGCCGCGUGGAGGAGCCCGUCGCACUGCGUAUCAUUAAUGAGGGGGCCGCCAUCCUCCGCCAGGAGAAGACCAUGCUGGACAUAGAGGCCCCUGUCACAGUGUGUGGAGAUAUCCACGGGCAAUUCUUCGACCUAAUGAAGUUAUUUGAGGUUGGUGGGUCUCCUGCGACAACAAGGUACCUAUUUCUGGGAGACUAUGUUGACCGAGGGUACUUCAGUAUUGAGUGUGUUCUAUACCUCUGGUCACUGAAAAUCCUCUAUCCGAAGACACUGUUUCUACUGCGGGGAAACCAUGAAUGUAGACAUCUGACUGAAUAUUUCACUUUCAAACAAGAAUGUAAAAUCAAAUACUCAGAGCAGGUGUAUGACGUGUGCAUGGAUGCGUUUGACUGUCUGCCUUUGGCUGCUCUGAUGAAUCAGCAGUUUUUGUGCGUUCAUGGGGGCCUGUCUCCAGAGAUCCACACGUUAGAUGACAUCAAGAGGUUGGAUAGGUUCAAGGAGCCCCCGGCAUUCGGCCCCAUGUGUGACCUGCUGUGGUCUGACCCUCUGGAAGACUUCGGCAAUGAAAAGAGCCAAGAUUACUUCGGCCACAACUCUGUCCGCGGAUGCUCUUACUUCUACAGCUAUCCUGCAGUGUGUGAGUUUUUACAGACCAACAACUUACUGUCGGUCAUCAGGGCACACGAGGCUCAGGACGCAGGUUACCGUAUGUACAGAAAGAGUCAGACCACAGGAUUCCCGUCCCUCAUCACCAUAUUUUCAGCUCCAAACUACCUGGAUGUUUACAAUAACAAAGCGGCUGUGCUCAAAUAUGAGAACAACGUGAUGAACAUACGACAGUUCAACUGCUCGCCACAUCCGUACUGGCUGCCAAAUUUCAUGGAUGUCUUCACCUGGUCUCUGCCCUUUGUUGGAGAGAAAGUGACAGAGAUGUUGGUGAAUGUCCUCAGCAUCUGUUCUGACGACGAGCUCAUGAACGAAGAAGAUGAGAUCUUUGAUGCUAAUGCUGCAGCCGCUCGUAAAGAGGUCAUCAGGAACAAGAUCCGUGCCAUCGGCAAAAUGGCCAAAAUGUUCUCAGUCCUGCGAGAGGAGAGUGAGAAUGUGUUAACCCUGAAAGGCCUGACCCCUACUGGCAUGCUGCCAAGCGGCGUACUGUCCGGCGGAAAACAGACCUUGCAGAGUGCUACCGUCGAGGCCAUUGAAGCCAUCGAGACGGUUGAGGAUGGAGAAGCUAUCCGUGGCUUUUCUCCACAGCACAAGAUCACCAGUUUCGAGGAGGCGAAGGGUCUAGACCGUAUAAACGAGCGCAUGCCACCUCGCCGAGAUGUGGUCAACAGUGUGGGGCUCUCCAUGGGCAAGAUGAACAUGGCCGAAUCCAACGGCACGGAUGACAACAGCAAUAUUCAGUGAUUCAUCUCGUCCUCCUCCUCCAGUCCCUUGCUCACCCCUGCUCCUUCUCCCAUUAUGCAAUUCUCCCCUCAUUUUCAGUGCUACUGUCUGUGUAGCAGACGGAUUAUGCGAUAUACUUAGCCCGAACUCCCUGCUUGGUGUUCAGCGACCUCAACAACAAACAUGAGAUGGACAGAAGGGAUGCGUCGCUAUUCAGAACAAGAAGAUAUUACGUAAUGCCUAGAGAAGAUCAUGGGUGAAUUCCAAACAGCAUUUUUGCAACCUUGACGGACACUCCGAGAAGAAUACGCUACUUGAAGUGUUGUUCCAAAUGAAAGUGAGCAACUGAGUCCCUUCAUUAUGGGCCGUUAGCGAAGGGUACACUGCAGUAACCAUAUUUUAACCAUGAUAUUCAUGGUGAAAAAAAUUGUCAUAAUACAGGAUAUUCAAAACUAUGGUAAUAAAACUAUGGUCUAAAAGCAUGGUUAAUUUCAUAGAUUUUACAUGUAUCAUGGAUUUUAAAACCAUGGUUCUUACCACAAAAAAUGGUUACAUGUUUACUGCAGGUUUGCGAUAGUGAAACCAUCGGUUGUGUAGUAAAAUCAUGAAGAAUUUUGUGGUCAUGGUUUUACUACAGUAACCACAGUUCAACUAUGAUUACUGUAGUAAAACCAUGGUUCAUUUUCGUAAGAGAUGAAUAAAGCUAUUGUGAGGUAAUGCAAAACUAUUUCAGAAAAUAAAUUCUCUCCCUGUCUUCUAAGGAGAUCUAUAUCCUCACGAUUCAUUUUGAAACCUGAGAUAAUUAAUUUGAGACAUUACCUGGGAUUUAAACCUAUGUAAACCCAAUGGGAAAUAUCCCUUACAAAUUUAAAAAGGUUUAGUCGCCACAACUAUCUUUGCAGCUAAACACCAGAACUUUGCUGCUACGUUAUCAAGUUAAGAUUACAAUUCAAAAUGAUAUGUGCAGUGAUGUGCGUAGAAUACCCUGCACCCUUCAUAGUUCUCAUUUCAAGAGCUCUGCCCUUCACAGUGAGUAGAGCAAAGUGAUACUCACUUUCACAUUGGAAUUCGCCCAUGUUGUCGGUUGGGAAUGACUGAUUGCGUGAGAGUUGCAUGAUGGGAUAUGUAAUUUAUUUGAAAAUGGGCUUUGUAAAGUACAUAUGAACAGAAGGCAUUUCCUGUUGCUUUAUGCAAGCCAUUUCAACAUAAAUCAUGUGCAUGAUAUGAACUAUGGAUAUGUAUAAUUCAAUUUCCCUCGUUAAAAUGCAAAUUAUUGAUAUCAGAAAUGAAAUUACUAUUAGCGAAACGCUACAAACGAUAUCAAUAAUUAGGUUUGCAAUAGUAAAAAGGUUCAUUCUUGAUAUCAAAAUGUCAAAGUUACUAGCGGGAAUAUCCAUUCUUGAUAUCGAAAGUGUAAUUGCAACUAGUAAAAACAGUGUUUGCAAUCUGUAUCUGCAUUUUCAUUAGUAGAAUUUCACAAUGAUCUGUCUAUUCAAAACCCAAUUACAGAUUAUAAUUUUACUAUAAUAAUUUAAUAAUGUUACUAGUAUACGUACAUAUCCAUUCCUGAUAUCAAAAAUGAAAUUACAACUAGUAAAAAUGCUCUUUUUUUAAUAUUUGUAUGUUUAUUUCUACAUAUUAGAUUUGGUAUUUCAUAUAUCUGGGAAUGGAUUUCAGAUAUCAAUAAAUGGAAGUGUAAUGAAAGAUUUAAGAUAACUGAAAUUAACAUUGCCACUAGAAGAAAAACAAAUAUAUAAAAAAUUAUCAUGUUUACUAGUUGUCAUUCAGUUGUUGAAAUCAGAAUAGGCAAUUGCACUAGUAACAAUGUAAUUAUUGAUAUCAAACAUGUAUUAUUUUACUAUUAAGCUGAUACUGUAUGUGUAGAUUGAAUUUCAGCUAGUAAGACAUUCUUGGUAGUUAUCUGUGUUUUGAGCAGGAGUGAUUGACAGAUAUUGUGUAAAUGUUUUCAGUACUUAUGUGUUUUACUAGUUGAAAUUCCAUUUUUGAAAUUAAGAAUUGGUAUUUCGAUGAGUAAUGAUGGUAUUUUUGAUAUCAAGAAUGUACUAUUGCAAACCUAAUUACUGAUCUCAAGAAUUAUCAUUUUAACUAGUGAAAACUGCAUCUAAUGUAUAAUUCAUAUCCUGCACAUGAUUACAUCUAGAAAGGGCUUGCAAUAGUUGCUUUGUAUGAAAAGAUGCUUAUUUAUGCGUGUUUGCACUGUAUGUCUGUGUGUGUGUGUGUGUGUGCAAAAUGUAUUAUAUAAUUUUAAGUAGGUUCACUACUUCAUUCACGAAUUCUUACUGUUCUUUUUCCAGGCCUGCUGUGGAAAAUAUAACACAAGGCCACUGCUGUAUUUAUUCUUAAUGAGAGGAAUGUAUGUUUGCGUUUAGGUAAGUGUGUGUGUAAGGUGCUUGAAACCAUUUACUUUGAAACUCUCUUGCAGUUCUAUGUUUUACUACUAGUACUCAAUAUACAGUAUAGCCAGGGGUGUAGAUUCCAGGGGGGUGGGGGAGAGGUAAACACCCCCCCCCCCCAUAAUAAAAACAAGCAAGUACAACCACCCAAUAUUUAUACCAUGAUCAAUGGAAACAUGUAAAUGGAAGGAAAUUAAAACCAAUAUUCCAAAAAAUUACUUCACACAAGUUAUUAUGAUUAAUUCGCAAUUAAUUUCUCGUAAUGCCCCUGAUGCUGUUCAGCUGAGUGCUCGCUGCAUUGUGUAAAUCCACUGUUGUCACGUCGUCCCGCAGUUGCUAUGGCAGUACUCCCUGUGUCCUGAGUCUGACACUUCCUCACCUCUUCUCCCUCCAUUCCAGAGCAGAGCAAGGGGAAUAUUCGUGUGUGUGUGUGUGUGCGUGUGUGAAACAGGGAGGUGAUGUGACCUAGGGACUGUGUUAGGCAAUUGUGGAUAUGUGAGAUUUCAAACAGAUCCUUGUGACAAUGUGUGGUUUCAAACAGGUCCUUGACCUGUACAGGCGCACUAGACUGAACAAAUUUCCAGCUACGCAUAAUUCAUGGGAGUUUAUUUUGUAUAUAAAUGCCGUAUAUUUUUAAGGAAAGUUUUUUUGUUAUUGCUUAUUUUCAUGUUUUUGUUUUUAUUCAAUUCAAGCUAUUUACUUAUUUAUUGUUUGUUUGUUUACAUUGCUGUACAGGUAAUUAAGCUCCAAUGAGGUGUUAAACCUUGUGCUUUUGCGUUUCUUAUUUAAUUGAUGUACAGAAGUUAUCUAGUAGUGUGAAGGAACAUAUAAUUCUGUGAAAUGACAUCCGGGCUGCCAAAGCAUGACUGCAUGGUUAUGUCAAAUGUAAAUCGAAUAUGGAAACACUUUAACAUGUCUCACGUUUUUAAGGAGAAUUAUAUUCUGAUCAUUAUUCUAAACAAUAUGCUGAUUAUUUAUGAUUAUGAUUAUUAUUAUUAAGAGUUCUGCUGGUUUAUUCCACUUUGCCUCAUCCUUGUUUUGGUUGAUCAUUGUGCUUGACUUUAUGAAUAAUGAAACCUUUCACGGGUUCUUUGUGAUUCUAUAUCUUGUAUUUUUCUCUGGAGCUUCAUUUUGAGCAUCAUGAUUUCCUGAUCUACAAUACAGACAGUGUGAGCAUGCCCUAUGGGACAAAUCUCUUUUUUUACUCUUGAAUAAAAUAUGCA